GCUUCUUCUGUUUUUUUUUUUAGAAAAUUCAUCAAGUUAAACUGACUGGGACGGGACAGUUGAAGACUAGGACAAGACAGGACGAGACCAGGAUGAAAUUUGAAUGAUUAAAUUUAACUGAACCGAAGUCUAGACUCUAGUGAUCUUACAAACUGUUGGAAGUUUUUACGAUAAUCAUUAGGGAAUUCAUUGAAGGGCUAUAUAUCCAUCGAACGAUUAACACUCGAGAUCACAAGAUCCUGAAACUGAACCACAUCCAUCUUCGAUUGACUCCAAGAUUUUAAUUUGGAUCACUACGCCAGCCAACUGAUCACAGCUGACAUCGAUUGUUUUUAUAUACUUAAGCCUACCUUCACUCUUGCUUCUCUCUUUCCACCGUUUUCUUUCAAAAACCCAAUAUCUUAUUCCCUCUUUACCUAAACUACAACUACUUUACUCUUUUUUUCUUUUGGUUUUUGUCUUUGUUUUGAUUUCCUUACCAUUCUAUCUUCAUCCGAUCUCAUUCUUCUUCAAUCCACUUUAAAUCCCAAUCACUAAAUUACAUUUCUUUGGAUUUACCUUUCAUCACUACACUCUUAUCAAACCCAUCCAAGAUGUCAUCCCCAUUCUCUCUUCACCCUGAUCGAUACGGUAAACAGCCGGAAAACUCUAUCAAUCCUACCACUACCCCAUCUUUAAAACUUAGGAUCUUAGUGGUCGACGAUAAUGAUUUGAAUCUAAGAGUCAUGCGACAAAUCCUUUCCAAGAAAACUCCCGAUUUGGUUCAUUUACCUAGCUUGAGAGUCGCUUCAUCUGGAUUACAAGCAUUGGCGUUGUUAUCUCAACAUGUCUUUGACUUGAUCUUACUGGAUAUCUCAAUGCCUGGUAUUUCGGGAAUCGAACUUUGUCGAAGGAUUAGAGAUCUAGAUCCGAAUCAAAAGUCAUUGGUUUUGAACCAUAAUCGAACGAUUGACAUUUGUGCUGUCACAACUGAUUUGCAAGAUUGGCAGAUUGAAAUAUACAAAAAGGUAGGCAUGAAUGGAGUGAUUGGCAAACCACUCAAAGAACAAGACAUCAGAUACGCAUUACAACUGUCUUGUGAUUCGACUUUGGCCGCUUCCCAAUCACAUCGUACAUCCACGACCUGCAAGGCUCGACCUACUUUUGCAACCAUUUCUCUCGGAUCAAAUCAAUCAGGGCAUGCCAAUUACCCGUUUUACUUCAGAAGGGAUGGAGUCAAUGAAAAUUUGGCGUUCGAAUCGAUAAUCACCUCAUCCUCGUUCCGGACUGAUUCAAGUGACACGAUCUCUUCAUCUUUCACCAUCGUUCCUAGCGGUCCUUCCACCCAUUCCACAAACAAUGCCACUUCAAGACCUCAACUGAACCGAUUCGACAGUAAUUGUACUUGCAGUACUAGCAGUGUUGGAUGCGAUGAACCUGCUUCGAUUGGGAGCAUUGAUGAAGAAAUCAUGGUAUCAACAAAUUCAUCCGAACAGGCACUUCAAUCCCUCACACCCGAUUGGUACACCGAAAGCGCCCCCAAUGUGAUGAAAGUCUCCGAAAGCGAUCCGUUUGAUGAAAAGUUUGGUCAUGCGAUUACAUUACGCCACAGGAAAUCGAUCCCUAUCUUUCCUUCUUCACAACGUCUUCCAGUUGAUGUGGAAGUGAAUCGUUUGAGCAAGUCAGCUACGGGCCCUCACAAGGAUGAUUAUCGACCCACAUACCAACUGGUUUGGUUAGGGACUCAGAGUCAAUCAGUUUUGAGGGAUGGUGAACUCCUCGAUGAGUUGUUAGGUCACAUGGGUUUGGAAGACGAAGUUGAAGUUGGAGCCGGUUGAGUAUGGCUCUUUCCCCCCUUCUUUCAACUCGACUUCUCUACCACUGGACUCUUAUCUCUUCUUCGAUUUGUUAUCUUUGGGUUUAUUGGGAUCUUGUGGGCUUUCUUCAUUUUGGGAAUCAUUUCACUUUUUUUGUUACAUCAAUUAUCUUUUUUUUGGGACAAAGGGCUAAUAGCAGCGGUGUAUAGGCAAAACUCUUUUUUCAAAUGAUAUUCAGUAAAAAAAUUACCACUACUUGGGGCAUAUUGUAAUGUAAUAUAUAAUGUAUAAGCUACGCAUGUGAUAUAGUAUAGCAUUCAAAAAAUGUUUGUACAUAUGAUGAUGAUUUGUUGUAAAAGGUUGAAAUCAUUGAUCUGAUCAACUUCUCUUUCUUCUUUGCAAACUAGCUAAUUUUCUUUGUUUUGUAAUCCCAUAUCGUUGUAUGGCUAAUCCGAUUGCACACGACAGGAUUGUAUUUUGGGUAUAUGGCAAGGAUCUUGAAUGGUUUGGGGUAAUCAAUGAAAUCUGGUUCAUCAACAAAUGAAUUGAUCUCCGCUUUUGUGGUACAUGUCGCGUUAAUCAUAGAUGUGCCAAUGCCAUGCUUCAGGACACUUCACAGGUUCUCGGUUCUCGCUCAUGAAACUUUGGAAAUUGAUUAUCUUCAAGAAGAACAAGCAAAUGUACAGAAAUGUUCUUCAAUCGGUCUCAAAUCAUAAGAAGAACAAAUGUAAAACUGAUUUCCAAACCAAGAUUUAACGAAUUCAAACCAAACUAUCAAUUCAAAAGAAAUUUCACAAGUACAAGAAAUCCCAACCAAUCAAUACUUUCAACCAUCAGUAAUUCAUAUGAUACGACCAUUCAAGAAUUGUCCAUCAUCUUCUUAUCACAACCAAUUUCAUCUAAUAUUUCAUUUUUAACUCAAACGAUUUUGAUUACGCUAAGUUUAAGAAGUUUAAUUACUUUACCUAUUUCGAUUUGGUCUAGAAAUCGAAUUAAAAGAUUAGAAGAAAGAGUUUUACCUGAGUUUAAGGAAUUUAAAUCUCAUGUUGCUAAAAGAGCUAAAAGAAAUUUUGGAUCUCAGGAUGAAAUUGGGGUUUAUCAACGUUCGUUGAAAAGAUUGUUUAGAAAAGAAUUGAAUAGAUUACAAAUCUUACAUAAAUGUAAACCGAUGACAACUAUCAUAGGAUCAAUCACGAUCCAUAUUCCUGUGAUCUAUUUAAUGACAAAUGUAUUAAGAAGAUCAUGCGAGAUUGGAUCGAUGGAUCCAACCCACAGUUUAGUUUUAGAAACGUCUCCAAUCUUAG